AUGGGGAUUUGUUCUGCCGCAUAUGAAACUCAAUCAAAAAAGGGCACAAAACGCAAAUGCAGGAGUAAGGAGGAUGAUAUUGAGAAUGCUGAAAUGGAGCGUGAUGAUGAUGCUGAGUAUGAUCCAGAGAUGGAGGAUAAAGGUGAGAUGGAAGAGGAUAAAGGUGAGAUGGAAGAGGAUAAAGGUGAGGAGGAGACCGAUACUACAACCCGUACCGCAAGUGAAAUUGUGAGUCACAAUCCAAAAAAGAAAAGAGGGCGAGGUCCCACAAAAGGACUUAAAAACAAGGAACCCAUGCACCUUGAAUACGAUAAAUUUGGUCAACCAUGUGGUAAGUGGCGUCAUAUGUAUGGGCAACAAGUUGGCCUUUGCAUGUGCAAACUUUCCAUUUUAACAACAUGGAAAGAGGUGACGGAGGGUAUGAAGAAGGCAUUGUGGGAAGAUACAGUGAAUUUAUUUCAUAUUGAACCUGAUGAAGCCAAGAAGGAAGUAUUUUUAUCAGCUGUUGCAGAGAGAUUUAGAGACUUCAAGACAAAGCUAGUGAGUGGAUGGAUCACUUUAAGAAGAAAAAGAACCAAGUCUAAGAAGUUGACAGAAGGAAAGGAAAAGGAGAAUGAGGAAGGAGAGGAAAAGGAAAAGGAGAAUGAGGAGGGGGGGGGAAAAUGA